UUGCAGUCACCGGCAGCGCGCAAGCUUUCAGCGCCUCGUAACGGGCUGAGCUGUACCCGCGGUUAUUACCGGAUUAAAGUGAAACCAGUUACAGCGGGACUGGAGCUGAGCCCUCACUGUGGGAGUUUUUGUGCAACUUUGCCGCCUUGAGGAGUCGACAGCUGAGAGCCGAGGAGCCUUCCCAGCCCGCGGACAUGGAAUAAGGAGGAGGAGAGGAGACAGGCGGCAGGAGGCCUGCGGAGCACUGAGGCUAGCUAGAGGAGCUAACAGCUAGCUAGAGGAGCUAACAGCUAGCUAGAGGAGCUAACAGCUAGCUAGAGGAGCUAACAGCUAGCUAGAGGAGCAGCCUACCCGCGUUUGGGACGCUGUGCUAACUAGCUAGGUGCUAUUUGUGUUAGCAUAACAAUUAGCCAUCCAGGGUUGUUUUGAUGUUGAUAGGCUGGAGGAGCCUGCUCGGGUCCACAGACAUCACACGUUUUUCCGGAACUUUCUCUAAGUUUUAAUUCAACCUUCUGCUCUCACGUUGUGUUAAUAGGAAGCUAGCUAGACACGUCUUUGUCCUACACAGUGGUUAGAGGAACCAGAUUGUUUCUACAAAGGACUGCAUGUUGAUGAGCAGACGUGGGUUGGACGCAGUCUAGACCUCCCAGCGUCUCCGUCCCUCCGGACACUGUCUCCUGUCUCCGGCCGGCUCCAGUGGCUGGCCACACGGCGCUGACUGCCCAAUGGAGGAUCAUGACAACAUGGACUAUUUUUACCAGCAGGUACUGCAGAAAGAUGUGACUCGUAGGUUGCAGGUCGGUCAGGACCUCAUCGACUACCUGAACGAGCCGAGCCGCUCCCCGGACGUGGAGCAGGACAAACCCCGGCUGGAUAAGACCAUCGACGAGCUGACGGGAUGGGUGAACUCCAGCAAUUUCAAGGUGGCGUUGAUGGGGAUAGACAUCUGUGGUGCGUUCGUGGAUCGCCUAGGAGAGCGUUUCAGAGGAUACCUUGGCACAGUUGUGCCAGCUUUGGUGGACAGACUGGGCGAUUCGAAGGACCAGGUCAGGGAGAACAGCCAAGCUCUCAUCCUUCGCCUGAUGGAGCAGACUGCCCCGCCCAUGUACGUUUGGGAAAGGCUACUUCCUGGUUUUAAACACAAGAACUUCCGCAGUCGAGAAGGAAUCUGCCUCUGUCUCAGUGCCACGCUCAGCACGUACGGAGCCCAGCCAUUGAGCCUCAGUAAACUAGUUCCUCAUCUCUGCUCUCUGACUGGAGACCAGAACCCACAGGUACGUGAGGCCUCCAUAGCAACAUUGGUGGAUGUUUAUCGUCACGUGGGAGACAAAGUCCGAGCAGACCUGGGAAAGAGAGGUCUGCCUGCUGCACGGUUACAGACGUUAUUCGCUCGUUUUGAUGAAGCCUUGAAUUCAGGCAAUAUGGCUCUCAGCCCGAGUCACGAUCGUAGUUUUGAAGAUGAUGACAGUGUGGAUGGGAAUCGUUCUUCCUCAGCCCAGGCUGCCUUCAAGGUCCCAAAAGUUCCCAAGAAGCCUGCGGAGUCCUCUGCUGCACGCCGGCCCAGCGCCACCGGCGGCAAGCUUGUAUCCAAGGAAAGUGCCGGAGGAGUUGAUGAAGAGGACUUUAUUAAAGCCUUCACAGACGUCCCCUCUGUCCAGAUUUACUCAGCGAGGGAUCUUGAAGACAACCUGAAUAAGAUCCGUGAAAUCUGCUCUGAUGACAAACACGACUGGGACCAGAGAGCCAACGCUAUGAAGAAGGUCCGCUCACUGCUGGUGGCGGGCGCGACAAAUUACGACUGUUUCUACCAGCAUCUACGGCUCCUGGAUGGAGCCUUCAAACUGUCCGCUAAAGACCUGCGCUCACAAGUCGUCCGAGAGGCCUGCAUCACUGUGGCCUAUCUUUCAUCAGUGCUGGGUAAUAAGUUUGACCAUGGUGCGGAAGCUAUUGUUCCCGUCUUGUUCAACCUCAUCCCCAACUGUGCCAAAGUCAUGGCCACCUCCGGUAUGUUGGCUAUUCGCAUCAUCAUACGGCACACCCACGUCCCCAGGCUCAUCCCCCUGAUCACCAGCAACUGCACAUGCAAGUCUGUGGCUGUUAGAAGGCGCUGUUAUGAUUUCCUAGACCUUCUGCUACAGGAAUGGCAAACCCACUCUCUGGAGAGGCACACGGCAGUUUUGGUUGAGAGCAUCAAGAAGGGAAUUCGAGAUGCAGACUCAGAGGCCAGAGUGGAGGCUCGCAAGGCCUACUGGGGUCUGAGGAACCACUUUCCAGUGGAGACCGACGCUCUCUACAACUCCUUGGAGCCAUCGUACCAGAGGACCCUUCAGUCCUGCCUGAAGAGCUCCGGCAGCGUGGCCUCUCUUCCCCAGAGUGACCGCUCCUCGUCCUCCUCUCAAGAGAGCCUCAAUCGGCCUCUGACUUCUAAAUGGUCAGCAGCUCCGGGGCGAGUCCCUGCGGGUUCAAAGGGUGGGGUGUCGUCGGCAUCCCUGCAGCGUUCCCGUAGCGACGUGGAUGUAAACGCAGCAGCAGUCGCUAAGCACCGGAACGUUGGACAGACCAGGGGAGCAGGGCGCCUGCCCCCUGGCUCCUACUCCUCACUGGGGACCAGGUCAGACAAUGGCCGUGUCCGUACUAAGCAGCCCUUGUCCACUGCCAGCAGCGUGUCGAGCCAGGUGGACUCACGAGGACGCAGCCGCACCAAGAUGGUUUCCCAGUCCCAACCUGGCAGUCGGAGUGGCUCCCCGGGUCGUGUGCUGACGAGUACGGCCCUGAGCACCAUGAGCUCAGGGGCCCACCGAGUGCUGGCCGGGUCCAGUGGGGACAAGAACAGACGCAGCCGUAUCCCCCGUAGCCAGGGCUGCUCCAGAGACUCCUCCCCCACCCGCCUGUCAGUUGCUCCUUCCAGCAUUAGUUCCAUCUACAACGGAGCGAGCAGAGGAGCUCGGGGCAGUCGUAUCCCUCGGCCCAGUAUGAGUCAGGGCUGCAGCAGAGAGGCCAGCAGGGAGAGCAGCCGCGACACGAGCCCCGUUCGCUCCUUCACACCCCUCGCAACGCGGAACUACUCUCGCUCCACCGGAGCUCUCCACACACCUGAUGUUUUUGGUGCUGCAGGAUCGGGUUUGGGCAUCAGUCAGUCCAAUCGUCUUUCCUCUUCAGUCAGUGCCAUGAGGGUCCUCAACACAGGCUCAGACGUAGAAGAGGCUCUUGCAGAUGCUCUGAAGAAGCCAGCACGGCGACGGUAUGAAAACUACGGCAUGUACUCCGAUGAUGAUGCCAACAGCGACGCAUCCAGCGCCUGUUCGGAGAGGUCCUACAGCUCCAGGAACGGAGGAGCCAUUCCCACAUACAUGAGACAGACGGAAGACGUAGCUGAGGUGUUGAACCGUUGUGCCAGCGCCAACUGGUCAGAGAGGAAGGAGGGGCUGCUGGGCCUACAGGCGCUGCUGAAGAACCAACGCACCCUCAGUCGGGUAGAGUUGAAGAGGCUGUGUGAAAUCUUCACCAGGAUGUUUGCCGACCCUCACAGUAAGCGAGAUUCCGGCAGAGUGUACGGCACGGCAGAAUCCGGUAUAAGCUCAGCCUCCUUCAAGAGAGUGUUCAGUAUGUUCCUGGAGACCCUGGUAGAUUUCAUCCAGGUCCAUAGAGAAGAUCUGCAGGACUGGUUGUUCGUCCUGCUCACACAGCUGCUGAAGAAGAUGGGAGCUGACCUGCUGGGCUCCGUUCAGGCCAAAGUUCAAAGAGCCCUGGAUGUCACACGAGAGUCUUUCCCCAACGACCUUCAGUUUACUAUUCUCAUGAGGUUUACUGUGGACCAGACACAGACGCCCAACCUCAAGGUGAAGGUGGCCAUUUUGAAGUAUAUCGACACGCUGACGUUACAGAUGGAAGCUCCAGACUUUGUGAACUCCAGUGAGACUCGGCUCGCCAUCUCCCGCAUCAUCACCUGGACGACUGAACCCAAGAGCUCUGACGUCAGAAAGGCGGCCCAGUCGGUGUUGAUCUCACUGUUCCAGCUCAACACUCCAGAGUUCACCAUGCUGCUGGCAGCUCUGCCCAAAACCUUCCAGGACGGAGCCACCAAGCUGCUUCAAAACCAUCUGAAGAACACUGGCAACGCUGCACAGGCACCAAUGGGCAGCCCUCUGACACGCCACACCCCCCGAUCUCCAGCAAGCUGGUCCAGCCCGGUUACGUCCCCAACCAACACCUCCCAGAACACCCCCUCACCAAGUGCAUUUGACUACGACACAGAGAACAUGAACUCAGAGGACAUCUACAGCUCACUGAAAGGUGUCACUGAGGCGAUCCAGAACUUCAGCGUCCGCAGCCAAGAGGACAUGAAUGAACCAGUCCACCGGCGGGAGGGAGACGAGGGGGACAGCGGGACAGACGGCAGAGUGUCAGACUUUGUGGACGGAGGCCGCAUGGCUCUGGACAACAAGACAUCCCUCCUCAACACCCCUCUGCUGUCCUCCAGCCCCCGAGGGGCCCGAGACCACUUCUCAGACUCCCCCUUCAAACACAGCCGCAAAGACACCAGCAUGGACGACUCUGAGCAGCUCACAGAUGACAGCAGCCUGGACCAAUCGGAGCUGGUGGCCGAGCUGCUGAAAGAGCUGUCCAAUCACAACGAGCGCAUUGAGGAGAGGAAGGCAGCGCUGUGCGAACUGCUGAAGCUGAUUCGCGAGAACACCCUGCAGGUGUGGGACGAACACUUCAAGACCAUCCUGCUGCUCCUGCUGGAAACGAUGGGUGACAGAGAGCAUGUGAUCCGAACGCUGGCUCUGCGGGUGCUGAGGGAGAUUCUAGGCAAGCAGCCCUGGAGGUUCAAAAACUACGCCGAGCUCACCAUCAUGAAGGCCCUGGAGGCUCACAAAGACCCCCACAAGGAGGUGGUGCGAGCAGCGGAGGAGACGGCAGCCAUGUUGGCGUUGUCCAUCAGUCCAGACCAGUGUGUCAAGGUGUUGUGUCCCAUUAUCCAGUCAGCUGACUACCCCAUCAACCUGGCUGCCAUCAAGAUGCAGACCAAAGUAGUGGAGAGGGUUCCCCGCGAGGGCCUGAUGAGCCUCCUGCCUGAGAUAGUGCCAGGACUCAUACAGGGUUACGACAACUCUGAGAGCAGUGUGAGGAAAGCCUGUGUGUUCUGCUUGGUGGCCAUUUAUGCAGUGAUCGGAGAGGACCUCAAACCGCAUCUCAGCCAACUCUCCAGCAGCAAGCUGAAGCUGUUGAAUCUGUACAUCAAGCGCGCCCAGUCUGGCUCGAGCGGCGGUGAACCUUCGUCUGAGGGCCUAUAGGAGACACGGCGCACUCUCACAGAACUGCAACUCUGCUCCACCACACAUAAAAACAUCAGUUCAUGAACUCGCACCCACACAGACCGAGAACAAAACACACAUCCUAACACCCUUUCACCUGAGCCAACUGCUUACAACCACAUGUUCGCUGCACUCUGGCCAGCAGAUUCACACACACACACACACACACACACACACACACACACACACACACACACACACACACACACACACACACACACACACACACACACACACACACACACACACACAAUCCUCAUACAUUUCCUGCCCCACUACAAGAUGGGAGUUGUGGUGCAGAAGAGAGGAGUGUUGAAGUUCUUCUCUUGAAGAUCCGCCCUGAUCUCAGACUGAACCCUUAAAUAUAAACAGAUAACACACAUUCAGUCACACCCAGGUCUGUCACUAAUCACUCGCAGGAUGAAGAUAUGAAAUGUCCGUCCUCCAUCCCGAACACUACUGCUCCCCCCCUCUGCAUAUUAUCUCGAUGUCAACAGGAAGUGCGUCUGCAUGGUUCUCAUUCUGAAGGGGGGUUAGGGUAACAGAACAGGGCUGAGACGAACGAAUGGUGCCGUCUUGUGUCUUUCUUUGAACAGUGAGUAACUGGGGCCAGGUAGACGGGAAUGUAAAUUUACAUUGUGUCAUAGUUUGGAUUUAUUUUACGCAACGAGGUUUUACUGCAGCGGUUUUAAUGUCUGAAGUUUUUCUCUCUCACACACACACACACACACACACACACACACACACAUAAACACACACACACACUCUCUCUCUCUUUCAAAAAGGUGCUGAUUAGCCUAAAAGGUACGACCAACCAACCGUGCACAGCACUAACGCGAGUCACAGUGAGAGGCCUGCUCAUAGUGAAAACAGUCCAUGGGUGGAUUCCAAAGUAUAAGGAGGUGUUUUGUGCUUGGCUAUGCAUGAGACUAAAUUUAACAUAAAAAUGUUUUUAUUGGAGUUUGAUCGACAGUCAUAAUAGUGGGACUGGGGUUUUAAAUUAAUGUGAACAAUGUCCGCCCCUUUCAGAAAAAAAUUCAUGGUGUCCUCCUUGUUUCACUCCACUUCUGGGCAAAAUGUGGAGGAAGAUGGGUGCGUGCUGCUUACUACAUGAAGUAUGACAGGAUAUGGCUUAUUAUCACAUAGUGGAUAUGUAUCUAUAUAUGAUAUUAAAAUGGAAUAUCCAAUAACUGUCAUUUAGGAGAGUUCCCCGGGGGAGGGGUGCGCACCUGUGCCCAUCCUUUUUUUUUUUUUCUCUUUCUCUGAUGCGCUAGCUGUAGUGUCUCUCUCUCUCUCUCUCACACACUUCUUUUUAUUUCAUUUUCUCUCCUGAGAAAUUUGUAGAAAUGUAUUAUUUACAGCUCUGAAAACAAUUCGUCAUGUCACCCUUUUCUCUCUUCUCUUCAUCGUGUCUUUCUUUCCUUCCUCUUCUCGUAACAUUCUAGUUUUCACUGUUGUGUUUCCUCCGUGCAUUUACAAAGCUGUGCUUACAUUACAAUAAAGAACUUGUA